AGUUUCAUUUUUUGAAUGAUAUGAACAACGACCAUGACAACUGACGUCAGUAUUAUUAUAGCAGCUGGGACAAAGAAACCCAGCGUUGUCAUGGUUGCAAAAGGACUGUAAGGAAUUAUAGGAGGACAGAAAUCGGGUCUCCACAUUUCGCGAACAUUCGGGUGUAUUCGGAAGGAGUAGAUCGGAAUGACAACGGCGCACAUUGCAGCCCACGGGAGUAUCAAGAGAACAACGUACAGGAGAGUCUUCACAGGAGAAGAUAACACUGUCGUGUUAAUGUUAAACAGUCGCAUGAUGUAAUCAAUGUUAAGCAGCACGAUAUACCACGUGGCGACAAAUUCCUGGGAGUGAUUCAUGAACACGAACAUAACCAACUGAGUCACGCAGCCAUGCACCCAGUCAUUUCGGAUAUACCUGUCGGCGAUCAGAGACGCCCCGAACAAGCCCAGGAGAAGGUCCGAAGCAGAUAGACAGCAAAUGGCGAGAUUCCGUAGACGACAUCGGAGCUUUGACGACCACAAGAUGGAAGCGAUGAGAGAAAGAUGGACGACGCCAACAACCUCUUCACGAACUACUACGACGACUACCUCGGCGUCAACCUCAACUCCUUUAAUCAGGACGUCAUUGACAACGACACCUUCUACUACGACGAUGUUGAAACUCUCGAGGGAGACCAGCCAAUCGAAACGACGCUACACAUUGUUCUCGCGUUUUUCAUCACCAUCAUCAACCUCCUCGUCAUCUGUGUCAUCAUCAGUGACAAAUCGCUUCGAACAUCGCCCAAAUACAUCCAUGUUCUCAACUUGACCUUUGCUGACCUCAUUUAUUCUGUGGCGGUGCUCCCUCUAUUGGCAGAGUUCAACAUUAGAGACAAAUGGAUUCACUUCUGCGAACUCAAGUUAUUUGCCGAACUGUUCGACUCGAGCUUCCACCCGGCGUUCACCUGGCUAGCGCUCAGCGUGUUGAAUAUUGUCAUCCUAUUCACAGUUUGCACAACCCUAUUUGACAAACGUUCCAAACGUCCCUACAUCGCAAUGGCGUUAAUGCUCCUCCCGUGGGCGAUGACUUGUCUGGGCUUUAUCCCGUUAUACCGCGUUAUAAUAGAGCCCCUCGUUUUAAGAGGCCAUCCCUGUAUGUAUACAAUAUCGCCACAACGCCACGUGGCUCUUCUUCUGCUGACCUAUCCUUUAAUGUGUCUGUUUUUAGUGAUGACGUCAUUUCUGACAGUAGUACUUGUCUUGUACAGAAGAAAUGUUUCUCUUUGCGGCUCAUUGUGCGGAAAAACGUUUCCGUCAAGGGGAGACAACCGCGUGCCACGCGGUGACCCGGAAGAUGAGCGGCGUGAGUUCAUGUUUGACGUGUUGCUCGUCAGCAUACUGACAGUCAUGCUCAGUUUUCCCGUUUUCGCAUUGCAGAUGUAUUUUAAGUUAAAGAACGGGGAUCGCAAUUGUUCCAGCGAUGAGGAAUGUGACAUGUAUAUAUUAGGAAGCCGAAUAGUACACUUUCUUCACGUAUCUCGGAGCGCCGUGAUCCCCGUGGUAUGGUUUCUAGGCAAAGAUUUUCGUUAUGGCUUCAUCCAACUUAUGAAAUGCGGCAAAACCAAAGAAAUCAAACAGGAUCUCUGAUGGUGAACCAUAAGCGGUUUAUUUAUUAAUAUUUAAUAAUUUAUUAAUAUACCCGAGAAAAAUGGAAAGAUUUAUUACCCUUUGGCAGCCCAUCAUCAGCAUGUGGCCAUGCUUCUGAGCUUUUGAGCAUUGCACCUUUAGCGACGUGUGUGUGUGUGGCUGCUUGUAGUAGUACGGCCUAAUUUCAGUUUCAUAGUGCUAGGCCACUGAGAUACCAUGCCGCAGCUAACAUGAAUACCUCACUGUGACACAGUAUACUGACUCCAAGCCGACCAGUCCUUGUUUCAUCUCCAUAGUGCCGAGCACCAGGCAGGGUAACAUUAGGUACCCUUUUUUAACAUAUUUUGGUGUGACGCGGUCGGAGAUCGAACAACCGACAUUCCCUACUCCAGGCAGACGCUCUACCCACGUCACCACGGAGGCAGUCCAAGUUACAGUGAACAAAGUUGAACGUUUCACUGUGUAUAAAGGGGCACGGGUGACCCAGUCGUCUAAGGCGCCGCGAUUCGCUGUGCAGAGUUGCGUCCCAUUGGCACGCCAGAAAUCUAUGAUUGUGGGUUCGAAUCUCGGUUCGCCCCGAUUAUGUGUCCAGG